AUGCCGAAAGCGAGCGACGAAAUACGUUCAUUGUCGACGAGUCGAUCGAAUCCCAUGGAAAGCCUGUCACCUACGAAGACUGGCGACACUAAGGACCAGCCUCCGAAAACCGCUCUCGAAGGUAAAUCCAAGAAACGUCGACUUUCAGCACUCUCAGAAACGACUUCUUUCGCAUCUACUUCAUCUGCAUCAACACUGCUGCAGGAAGAAGCAAAGUGCCGUCGAAUGUCCGACUCUCCAUCAAAAGUUUCUGCAUCGCCACCCUCUGCAUGGAAGGAGUUCUGUAAAGCAGGCGCUGCACUCUUCAAUAGUGUUGCUCAAAAAGAAGCUCUUCAAACGAAGGACAGCGAGGUAGCAGCUAAUGGUAGCGCCGACUAUCAACAACUCGUGAACAGAAUCGAGAAGCUGGAAGAAGCCGUUCGUCACCAUCAUCAGUUCGUCGAGCAGCAUUCCAGUGGACAAAACAAGAUGGAGACUCCAACAGCAGAACUUAUUCGAUCCAGUCUGGCCGAGGAGUUCGAGAAGAUCAACAGCAACGUGAACGAAACUGUGGAAGCAGCGAAAACAGUACUCGUCAUUCGCGCGGACGACAUCGAACAUGAAAUCAGCAAUAUUCGGACAACCGCACUAGAACUUCACGCACUGGACCUCAAGAUCGCAGAAGUACGAAAUGAACUCUGCAGGAGAUUGGACUGCAUCGAGCGUAACCAGAAGACUCUGCCUGAGAUAGUGAAUCUCCUCAAGGACAUUCAGACGCAGCUGAAUAGGACAACAUCAGACUCGAGUAGCUCAACCAGCGAUGAACUAUGCGUAGUCGAUGAAUCCAUCGCGGAUGAGGAUGCUGCAGCAAUCCAUCCACACACCCAAGCUGCAGGCCCGGAGGAUCUGAAGGAGUACAAGGACGGAGAGGAUCAUGAAGGAAACAAGAAUCAGAAUUCCGAGCCUCAGAAGCCAUCAGAAAAGGCAGAUCGUGUAGAUUCUGAAAGCAAGACACGUGAAGAAGAAAGCGGCGAUAAGAAAAUCAGAAAGGAGAUUGCAGAAACUUCUAAGUCGUUGACAAGACUUAAGCAUGAGAUAUUCUCACUUUCACACAGGAUCGAAGAAGAAAGAAGGAAGGCCGCACGACAGCCGAACACUCCAAAUCAGAUGAACAAACUAAAGAUGGAAAAGUACGGCCUCCUGGAAAGAGAAGAAUACCUCAAGCGCAAGGAAAGAGAAUUGAAGUUGAAGCUUUACGAAUGGACUAAAAGACCUACAUAUCGUCCCAAGUCUCGAUCAGGUAAGCACUCGCGUCGACCUCAUCAGAAAAGGGAUCAUCGUUAG